CUAGGCACAGUAAGCCUUGCCUUAUGCUUAUCAAAAUACUUAUAGUUAAUACCCGCCCGACCCACAAGUCGGAACAAAUCGGUACAGAUAAUAGCAUCUGGAAAAUGAUAUCCUUACAGCUGCUGCGGCAGCAGCUGUUAAAAAAUUACAAGAUUUCUCUGAUCAGAGCACUUGCGGAUGGAAAGGGGUCGUCCCACGUUGGCAAGAAUCCCAGCAAAAAGCCACAGGAAAGUGACGAGAAUUUGCAGCAACGAAAGGCACCGAAAUUUCCAUUCGACAAGAUCCCACCAACGCCAUUAAAAUUCCCCGUUGAGGAAGAGAAGGAGGAGCACCAAGCGAACCGCUUGCUCGAAAUGUUUAAGAAGCGCCAGGGAAAACUAAAGAAAGAUCUGAUCGUCAAUGAUACGAAGAAGAUAUACGAGUUGAGCAGAUUGAAGCCCCUCGCUCACUUCCCAGUGGAGUCGCCAAAGAGUUCCGCAGGCCCGUCCACAUUUCCCGUCAACCAAAUGCUGCUGGAGACCGAAGACGAUCGACUGGAGGAGGUGCUUCAUGAGGCUGGCAAGAAGGUUGAGAGGGAGACGCGCGGACGCCUGGCUCGGAAUUGGCCUCCGGUGGCACAAAAAGCAAAGGGUCCAGCAGGUCCACCUCCUCCUCCUCCUCUGCCUGCUGCAGCCAAAGGAGGACCCUCGAAAAGAGCACCUCCCCGCAAGGCAGGACCUCUGCCACCCAGUAAACCGCCCCCGGGCACACCCCCGCCACAAACAAAGAAAACAUUUGGCCCGCUGGCCGAUGCCGAUCGCAUCUUUACCAAUCUUUACGGCCGCCACGACUGGCGCUUGAAGGCCGCCAUGAAGCGCGGCGACUGGUACAAAACCAAGCAGAUCCUGGAGAAGGGUCAUCUGUGGAUCAUCAACGAGAUGAAGACCUCGGGGCUGCGCGGCCGCGGAGGUGCCGGCUUCCCGAGCGGUCUCAAGUGGUCGUUCAUGAACAAGCCACCCGAUGGAAGGCCCAAGUUUCUUCUGGUCAAUGCCGAUGAGGGGGAGCCGGGCACCUGCAAGGAUCGCGAGAUCCUGCGCCACGAUCCGCACAAGCUGGUGGAGGGCUGCCUGAUAGCGGGCCGUGCGAUGGGCGCCAACACCGGAUACAUCUACAUCCGAGGAGAGUUCUACAACGAGGCGUGCAACCUGCAGUACGCCAUCCUGGAGGCCUACAAGGCGGGCUACCUCGGCCCCAAUGCCUGCGGCUCCGGCUUCGAGUUCGAUCUGUAUGUGCAGCGGGGUGCGGGCGCUUACGUGUGCGGCGAGGAGACCUCCUUGAUCGAAUCCCUGGAGGGGAAGGCGGGAAAGCCGCGCAACAAGCCCCCCUUCCCGGCGGACAUCGGAGCCUUUGGCUGCCCCUCGACGGUCACCAAUGUGGAGACGGUGGCGGUGGCCCCCACCAUCUGUCGCCGCGGCGGCAAGUGGUUCGCCAGCUUCGGACGCACCCGCAACUCGGGCACGAAGCUCUUCAAUAUCUCUGGCCACGUGGAGCGGCCCUGCACCGUCGAGGAGGAGCUGUCGAUGCCCACCCGCGAGAUCAUUGAACGGCAUGCGGGCGGCGUCAUCGGUGGAUGGGACAAUCUGCUGGCCAUUAUUCCGGGCGGCUCGUCCACUCCAUGCAUUCCCAAGGAGGACGCCAGCAAGGCCAUCCACGACUACGACGGACUCAUGGCCGUGCGCUCCUCCUUGGGCACCGGCGCCAUCAUCGUGAUGAACAAGCAGACGGACAUCAUCAAGGCCAUCGCCCGCCUGGCCGCCUUCUACAAGCACGAGAGCUGCGGCCAGUGCACCCCCUGCCGCGAGGGCCUCCACUGGGUGAACCUCAUCAUGCAGCGCUUCGUCACCGGACAGGCCCGAGUCGGGGAGAUCGACAUGCUCUUUGAGAUCACCAAGCAGAUUGAGGGCCACACCAUUUGCGCCCUGGGCGACGGAGCCUCCUGGCCGCCCCAGGGCCUCAUCCGUCACUUCCGUCCGCUCAUCGAGGAGCGCAUCAAGGAGCGUGCAGCCUGCGAUGCAGCAGCAGCAGCAGCCGCUUCCUAAUUGUCACCGCUUUCAUUAUUCCAUUAUUGCCGGAGUGUUUUUGUUUUGUUUCUUUUGUUUUAUAAUAAUCCAAUAAACAAGAGAUGACACA